AUGCCAGAGGAUAGCCACCGCAAUCCCCUCCACGCCAUUUCACCACUGCUGCCAUACCAAUCGUAUCGCAAAAUGUCUGAUAUUGAUUCACAGUUGCCGUCGCGACCCAAACAGCGCAAACACGUGUGGGUGUUGAUAGCCUCUUAUGCCACCGACUGGCUCUGCUUAAUAGCUGCCGGCGUGGUGGGGACAGUAUUGGGCUCAAUCACACCAAAUAAGCGACCAUUUCGGCUGGAUGAUGCCAACAUUGCGUUUCCAUUCACUGAGCAUGAGAUUAUCCCCUCGUGGUUGCUGCUUGUUUGCAAUGCGGUCAUUCCUAUCGUCGUGAUUUUGGUUGUAACCUUAAUCUUCGUUCCGGGACCUACAGUACCUAAGGGUACGCCCCAAGCACUAAUAUGGAAGCGCAAACUCUGGGAGCUGCAUGUCGGAUGGAUUGGGUUGGCUCUCUCGCUAUGCGGUGCCUGGUUCAUCACCAGCGGCAUGAAAAACUUAUUCGGCAAACCGAGACCUGAUCUACUGUCGAGAUGCGACCCGGACUUUGAGAACGAGGCAGCUCACUACGUCCUCAAUGGCACGGCCGGGCAAGUUGGCAGGCUCGUUUAUGCGACUAUCUGCCAAAAUCAAGAUAAGAGCAAGAUGGAUGACGCAUUCCGGAGCUACCCUUCAGGCCACUCAUCGUCAGCCGCCGCCGGCCUGAUCUAUCUAUCUUUUUUCCUUGCCAGCAAGUUCGCCGUCGUGAUCCCAUUCGUGUCGAGCUCGGGCUAUACUGCCGGCUCAGACUCCGUCGCAUUCCCCUCACGAGCCAACACCGGCACCGCAGGUGGCAACAACAGUGCCUACAAGCCGCUGUCGCACGGAACCGACGAGCUCUCGGCGCCUGGCGAUACUUCGGUAGCGAGACAGAUUGCCUCCCACGGCUCAUCCGUGCUGGCAGUCAGACGACAGGCAGCAGCGCCGCCGGUGUACCUGUUGUGCCUCACUCUCCUGCCGUUCUUCCUGGCCAUCUUCAUCGCCGGUUCCCGGUGGUGCGACUUCAGACACCACGGAUUCGACAUCCUGUUCGGCUUCAUCAUCGGGACCGUGUCGGCCUGGUUCGCAUUCCGCUACUACCACCUGCCGAUAUCGUCGGGGGCCGGCUGGGCGUGGGCGCCGCGGUCGCCAGACAAGGCCUUCUGGGCCGGCGUCGGCGUGUACUCGUACGCGACGGACAAGAAGCACUGGAUACGGCCCGGCGACGAGGAGGAGGGGCUGGGGAACGGCGGACCCAACAACGGCAACGGCAACGGCAUCGAGCUGCGCGGCAUGCGGUAUCGGUCCAAGACGGACGAGCAGUCAUCACAGCACCAGGCAGAGAACUCGGCAGCCAACACGAGGGACAGGAGCCAUCUCGGCCCGCCGGACGAGGGCAGUCUACGGGACGAUCGCAGUGUCGAGUCACAUGACGAUAACAGGAUAUAG